CUGAGUGAGAAUAGCCGACUACCUAACUGUCAGUGCUACUGUGUAAUUAUUGUAUUUCAUAACCUACAAAGUUUAACAGGGCUCAAGAAUUGUAAAUUUUUAAUUAAACGAAGAUGCCUACCUACGAGUUAGCUUUAAUGCUACGGGCUAUGCCAAAACCUGAACUCAAAACGACUCUCACAAGAAUUUCUCAUGCUAUAUUCGACCGUGGUGGUAUUAUCAGAAAUAUAGAAAACUUAGGAUUUAGACCAAUGCCAUACAAAACAACUGCCCAUGGCCUAGUCCACAAAGAAGCCAAUUAUUUCGUAUUUAAGAUUGAUACUCCAACUAAAGCUGUAGCAGACUUGAAGGAAGAAUAUCGAAGAGAUGUGGACGUCGUAAGGCAGCGCGUUUUUCUCGCUCAAGAACCUAGUAAGAAUGAUUGUACUUUGGAAGAAGAACUUUUACCUCCAGCUUACCGCGAAGAUGUACAGAAAAUGAUCGACGUUGGGAAAACACAAGUUAAUCGCUUUACCUACAAGUUCAAGUAUAAUUCGGGGCUUGAUUAUUAUCCUUUCCAAAAGUAAAUAAAUCUAUAAUGUUUAGAUGUAAAUAUAUUAGUGUAUUAUAGUCAAUAAUAGAUUUUAACAAUAUAGGUACUUUUUUGUUUUAA